AUGGCGAGGCCCGUGGACUGCGACCUGGACCCGGAGCUGCAGAACGUGUCCCUGGACACGCUCUUUCUCAUCGUCCUCCAGGCCACCGUCGUCAUCGCCCUCGCCAAGUUCAUCCACCUCUCCCUCCGCCGCCACAACCAGCCCAGCGCCAUCUCCCAGAUCCUCGCUGGGAUCAUGGUGGGGAGCCUGGGGCUGCACGAGGUGAUCGUGCACGUGGACGUGGUGAACGUGGAGGACACGUACGAGUGGUACGUCUCCGAGGCGCGCAUCUUCUACAUGUUCUACGUCGGCCUCGACGCCGACCUCGCCGCGCUCUGGAACGACAGCCGCCGGGGCAUCGUCGCCACCUACGCCAGCGUCGCCACCUGCCUCCUCCUCGCCGCCUUCGUCUCGGGCGGCAUGUACGGCAGCAUGAUGCACACGCCUGUCCGCUCGCCCGAGCUGCUCGCCGCCGUGCUCAUGCUCACCAUCGCCAACACCUCCUCCGUCGACGUCACCCGGAUGGUCCACGAGGUGGGGCUCGCCGCCACGGCCACCGGCAGGCUCCUCGUCGCCACCGCCAUCGCCACCAACGUCAUCUGCAUCGUCGGCGAGGGCGUCUUCUCAUGCAUGAAGAUGGCCUCCGGGAGGACGCCCGGGUACAGCGCGCCGCAGCGGCUGGGCCUCGGCGUGCUCGCGCUGCUCAAGGUCGGCAUCGCGAUGGCGCUGCUCCGGCCCGCGGUGGCGUUCAUGAACCGCCGCAACGCCGGCCGCCACCGCAUCGGGAACUGGGAGCUCGCGCUCAUCCUCGUCGCCGUCUCCUUCAUCGGCAACUUCCCGCGCCGCGCCGGGUUCGACGGGAUGCCGGCGACGCUGCUGCUCGGGCUCGCGUUCCCGAGGGAGGGCCCCGUGGCGAGGACCGUCAUGCACGCGCUCGCGUACCCGCUGCACGCCCUCGCCGUGCCCUUCUACUUCGGGACCAUGGGCAUGCGGCUCAACUUCAGCGCCAUGUCCGGCGCCGUCGUCGUCCCCGCCGUCCUCCUCACCAUCCUCGGCCUCAUCGGCAAGUGCCUCGGCACCAUGGGCGCCGCCAGGUUCCUUGAUCACAUGCCGCUCGCCGACGCCGCGCGCUUGGGCGUCCUCCUCAACAUCAAGGGCCACGUCAACAUGAUCGACAUGAGCUUCGCUAGCUCCGAAGGGAUCUGGGCGGAGCAGGCGCUCAUGGCGAUGGUCAUGGGGAGCAUGAUCAGCACCGUCAUCGCCGGCCCGGUGUUCGCCGUGGUCUACCGCAAGGAGAGGGAGGCAUACCUCAGCAGCGGCGACAGGACGCUCGAGCGCCUGGUGGUCAAGGUGGCCGAUGACCAGUCCACGGAGCUGAGCAUGCUCGCCUGCGUGCACGGAGCGCGCGGAGCGCCCGGGAUGCUCAGCCUCGUCGAGCUGCUCGCGAGCAAGCCCGACGUCCAGCCAGCCGUGCACGUCCUGCACCUCUACGACGCCGCGCGCAAGCACGCCCGCGCCGGCACCGGCGGCGCCAAGCGCUACCACGAGCAGGUCCAGAUCGACAGCGAGAAGCACCUGGACCGCAUCAACGACGCCGCCACGCAGGUGAACUGGACCGUCGACCUGUUCGCGUCCAUCACCGGACUCGUCAUCCGCCAGAUCGACGCCGGCGACCGCGGCCCCGUCACGAACCUCAAGACCGUCCGCCGCUGCACGGAGGAGGUCCGCGCGGACGUCCUGAUGGUGCCCUACCACAAGGAGCAGCACUACGACGGGAAGAUGGUGUGCCGGUGGGAGGACCGCCGCCGGCUGUGCCUUGGGGCGCUGGAGCGCGCGCCGUGCACCGUUGCCGUCCUCGCCGACCGCCCGUUCCGGAGGGGCAGCACGAGCUUCCAGCUGCCGACCAAGAUAUCCACGAGCGAGGAGGCGUUGGGGAACCAGCGCGACGACCGGGCCGCGGCGCCGACCCACGUAGCCGCCGUCUUCCUCGGCGGGCCGGACGACCGCGAGGCGGUGUCGUUCGCCUGCCGCCUCGCCAGGAACCACACCGUCAGUCUGACCGCCAUCCGCUUCGUGCAGCGUGGCAAGCACGACCACGACCGUGUCCAUACGACGGCACACGCCGGUGAUCACGCGGACGGGGAAGUGUCAGUCAUGGUGGACAGUACUACCGGCGAUGGUCCCGACGACUGCUGCAUGGCAGCGUUCCACCGCGAGUACGUGGCGAAGGAGCUCGCCUCGUACGUUGAGAAGGCGGUCAUCGCGCCGGAAGACGUGCUGCAGGCGCUGCGCGGGGUGGCCGGAGCGUACGCGCUCGUCGUGGUGGGACGCGGCGGGCGGCAGCCGGCGGAGCUGGUGGCAGGGCUCGAGCGCUGGGUCGAGUGCGCCGAGAUGGGCCCGGUCGGGGACAUCCUAGCGUCGGAUGAGUCACUCGAGAUGGGCAACAUAAUCGUGGUGCAGCAGAAGAAGGCGGCGCCGCCGCCGUUGGACCUCGACCCACCGGCCGUGGCGAUCUGA